AUGGCAGGAAAGAAAAAGAAGGAUUACAAAAAGGCCAUCGUCCGUCUUCUGCCAUCAACCCAAGUCCAGACGUUUGUGACUGACUUUGAGGCCGGGAUCUGACAGGGACUUUAUAUAAACGUGUUCGACGAUCCCGACAUUCGGGGUUGUGCCUUCCGCUUCGGCCAGGCCCUAUUGUAUGGAGAAAGGCCUAAGAGUGUGGACUGCAGGCUGAAUCGACGGGCAAAGAAAGGAAACCUGCCAUUCUACCUGCUGGUAGAACUCCUGUACAGAGAGGCACAGGAAAUUCGCAUUCUGUGCAAGCUUGUUAAGGAACGGAAGCUGUGCCGCUACCAACGCAAGGCUUCAACUUUGACACAAUUAAGGCCGGCUCAUGAAGCUUUGGGCAGAGUAUUCUGCCGACGAUUUGUCCACAAGCAGUCUGCUCAAAGCAUGUGCGGGACUUUAUGGUCCAAUAUAGAUAUAAAUGGUGACGUUGGUGACAUGUGCUAUUUAUUGUUAUUGUUGUAUUGCAUUCGUGAAUCAUGUGUACAUUGAUAUGUUCUUAUAUGUGCUCGAUUGAAUUUGGGAAAUAAACUGUUUUGGAAAAUA